CGCCCGCCCGCGAAACAUCUGGAUGGGGACUCGUGUCCUAACGUAUGGGCAGCCACAGUCUCGGCUGGCUCCUGGGGCGCGAGCGCCGAAGCGCACCGCUCGGCGGGGUGGGACACUCCCCGUGCUGGGUCACUCCAGCAUCCUUCCGACCUGUCACCAGCUUCUGUCACCAGCUCCUGGCUCCGCCCCUCUGAGACCGCCCCUUGCCCCACAGCCAAUAGCAACCCUCGACCGCUCUCCACCGCUCCAAAUCUUUUCCACACCCCCACGUUCCGGGAGCCGGUUGGCUGCCGAACCCUUUGCGGAGCGCCUGUAUUUGCAUGGAGCUCGGGGAGUCUGGUAGGUGGAGCGACCCGUCGCUCCGGAAGGCAGGGCCCGCCCACUCCACUUCGGUCAGGGGCUCUCUUCCUGCGCAGUUCUUCGCAGCCUCCGCGGGGAAGUGCCGGCGCAGCUCUCAGGCUCAGGUCGCAGGUCCGCGAGGAGGCAGCCCAGACGAGCCACCGUGCGCUCCGUCUGAAGUGGCCAGGGCACAGAAGGGCAGCGUUCCGGCCCCGAGCUGGGCAUCGCGCAGCAGGAACAGCCCCUCGGCUAGCAGUUGCCGCCACCCGGACUUUCUCUCCAGUUGCGUCUCCGCCCGGGCAACAUGUCAGAAGCCGCCGCAGCUACAGCUGCCGCCGCCACCUGGGGAAGAGCAGUUGCAGCCGCUGCGCCGGCCACGGGCGUACGGAGUCAAUAAGCCGAACUCCCCGGGUGUCCUCUCCGCGCUCACUGCUGCGGCGGGACCCGCGCCAUGUGCUGAGCCAUGUACCUCGCCGCGCCCGCGGGCAGCGCAUGGGGCAGCGCCUGAGCGGCGGCCGAUCCUGCCUCGAUGUCCCCGGCGGGCUCCUACCGCAGCCGCCGCCGCCCCCGCCAGCGGUGAGGAGGAAGCUAGCGCUGCUCUUCGCCAUGCUCUGCAUCUGGCUGUACAUGUUCCUGUACUCGUGCGCCGGCUCGUGCGCCGCCGCGCGGGGGCUGCUGUUGCUGGGCUCGGGGUCCCACGCCGCCCGCGCUCCGCCAGCCCAGGCCACGGGUGCCGACGGGACUCCCCCCAGGCUGCCGUUCCAGGCGGCGCCAGUCACCUCGUUGAGUGCAGGCAGGGACAUUGCCGAGGGCGCCGCGAGUCAGGAGGAGCAAAGUCCCGAGGCGCCGGACUCCCCAAGCCCCAUCUCCAGCUUCUUUAGUGGGUCCGGGAGCAAGCAGCUGCCUCAGGCUAUCAUCAUCGGCGUGAAGAAGGGCGGCACGCGGGCGCUGCUGGAGUUCCUGCGGGUGCACCCAGACGUGCGCGCCGUGGGCGCCGAACCCCACUUCUUCGACCGCAGCUACGACAAGGGCCUCGCCUGGUACCGGGAGCUGAUGCCCAGAACCCUGGACGGGCAGAUCACCAUGGAGAAGACGCCCAGCUACUUCGUCACCCGGGAGGCACCGGCGCGCAUCUCGGCCAUGUCCAAGGACACCAAGCUCAUCGUGGUGGUGCGCGACCCGGUGACAAGGGCCAUCUCGGACUACACGCAGACGCUGUCCAAGCGGCCCGACAUCCCCACCUUCGAGAGCCUGACGUUCCGCAACCGCAGCGCGGGCCUCAUCGACACGUCCUGGAGCGCCAUCCAGAUCGGCAUCUACGCCAAGCACCUGGAGCACUGGCUGCGCCACUUCCCGCUCGGCCAGAUGCUCUUCGUGAGCGGCGAGCGGCUCAUCCGCGACCCGGCCGGCGAGCUGGGCCGCGUGCAGGACUUCCUGGGCCUCAAGAGGAUCAUCACGGACAAGCACUUCUACUUCAACAAGACCAAGGGCUUCCCCUGCCUGAAGAAGGCCGAGGGGAGCAGCAAGCCCCACUGCCUGGGCAAGACCAAGGGCAGGACGCACCCCGACAUUGACGGCGAGGUGGUGCGCAGGCUGCGCGACUUCUACCGGCCCUUCAACCUCAAGUUCUACCAGAUGACCGGGCAGGACUUCGGCUGGGACGGAUAAUGAUAUAAUUUAAAAAGAAAAAAGAAAAUAUCAAGAUAUAAUAUAUUUUUUUACCAAUCGGUAGAGAAAAAGGCCAUUUAAUAUUUGUGCUGAAAAUAUUGGUUUCAGUAUUUUUUUCAAUGAAUGUUAAGGGAUUUUCUCGCCUCUGCCCCAUCUUCCUGUUUCACUCACGCCAAACAUUUGGAUAAGCAAGGAAAACUUCACUCACUUUCACACUUUAAGUUUUCAAUGUGUAUUUUAUGUUUUAUGUACACAAUUAUAAAGCAUGAGCAUCAGUUGCCGUUAAAACUUUGCAGAAAAUCUGGAGAACAAACCUUUCUCCUUCUCUAUUGAAAGGCCCCUAGAACAUUGGUAUCUUUCUAACCUUACGCUUUUCUCCCUCUAUUUUUUUUUCUGUGCCAUUUUUAAAAAAACAUUUCCCAAUUAAUGAUACUGCAUGUUUGUUUGCACAGCACUUCCCAGUUGUCUCAGUGCUUUCAAAUAAAACACCUUUUCCCAUCCUUACUCUGCUACAUGCUCUAACAAUGGUACAAAAAGAUUAUUGUCCCCAUUUUACAGAUAAGGAAGCUGAGUCUCAAGAAGGUUACAAGACUUAAAGCCAGAUGGUGGCCCCUGGACAAAAUCCCAUCUUCCACUUGUUCCUAGUUGAUGCCACAUUUCUCCGGGGGGAUGGGAAAUAGCCUCUGUACCUUUAGAAAUGGUUAGCUAGCUGGGGACAGGGAAGGUUUCCUACUGCUUUCUCAGUGCCAGGCUUACCUCAUGGCAUUCAGUCACAAGGAGUCACAAAUGUUCAAGGAAACCACUCAGACUUGGACACGACACCAUUCAAGAGCAGAUGUUGGCUUGGUAAAGUAUCCUGAGAUGUGGAAAUCUCAGCUUGAUUGAGGGUGAGGGAAAUUAUGGGAUUCUUGUACAGAGAUAGAAGUGGCAAUCACAAUAGGAACAGGACAAUAUAUGGUAGGAGCAUAAUUCACAUACUGGUUGUUUGAUUUUUUUCUUUUUAAGUAAAACCUUGACUUCAGUAAGAGCUUAUAGGUAUGAAUCUCAUUUUCCUUGACCUCCUUUUUAACGAAGAAAAUCUGCUUCUCUUUGAACUGUUUCAUUUCUACCCUUGGAGCUAGAAAAAAUAUAAUAAAUGUUUUAUUUACAGCACCAUUAUUUUUCAUGGGUGAUGGAAUGUCACUUUGUCACUUUAAUUUUUCCCCAUUUCCUACUCACACCACAUAUAACCUAGUAUUCAUUAAUAUUUGGAAAUUAUUCUAAGAAAUAUAAAUGUGGGUAAAAUGGUGGAUUUUCUUCUAUCUGUUUUUGCCCAUCCCCCAUUUAAAUAGCUCAAAUAAAUCAAUAGUUUAUAAAGAGUAUUCCUUUUCUCUCUGAGUGGGCAUUAACAAGAUUAGCAUUAAUGGGAAUUAAAUUGGUUUAGAGAGGAGCACAUAUGUGCAAAAUAUAUAAAACAUUUAUAAUUAGUCUGUCAGCCACAUUUUAUUACAGGUUUAAACACAAGAGGAAAAUGUCUCCUGUCUCAUGGAUGUUUUCCAUAUCUGCCAAAAUUUAAAGGACCAGACACUCUAGUAUUCUAAAAUAAUAUUCUUUUUCUCCUCCAAUGCUCCAAUGUUGUCAAUUAAAAGAAAACUGAAGUUGUUUAAAUAUAUGUGGUACAAGUGUGCAUUUACUAUAGAUACUACAUUCAGCUGAAGUAAAUAUCACUUGAGAAGAUGGAUAAAGGAUUAAAAUGAGGGGGAAAAUAAUAAUUUGAGUUUCUAGUCUUUGCAUCAUUGCCCCACCUCUCUGGAUUUAUGUGCUAAUAUCCCAUUUAGAGGAGUUAAGAAAACUCAAAUCCAGGCCCCCUUUUCCAGCUGAUUUCCUUCCCUUCCAUGACCUCAGCUUUCCAAUGCAACAACUUGUUUUGUUCUACUUCAAUCAUCACUACCAGCAAUAAGAUACUCAUUUUUAAACCUUUCUCAUCUUUUCUCUUAACUUGUUUUGUUGAUUGAUGCUGAUUCUUUUAUAACCUUGACAUAAUGCAAACAUGACUUGCAACAAAGAAACAAAGACAUCUAACAACUGUAUUAGCAGUCUUUCUCUCUGUAUGUGAAGAAUUAAUAAAAGAACAGAAUUGAGUGCAAAGCA